AAAAUGCAAAUUUAUUUAUUUAUAAUUUUUUCGUUUUUAUUCCAAUUUGGAAUUUGUCAAUUUGAUAGAGUUGAUCUUUCUGAUAAUAAAGGUAGAUUUAUUCGUCCUUGUUAUUUCACAAAUUGGGCAAUAUAUAGAAGUGGUCGUGCAAAAUUCGCUCCAGAGGAUUAUGCACCGGGGCUCUGCACACAUAUAUUUUAUGCUUUUGCUUAUUUUAAUGAAAGCUUUGAAGCAUACGCAAUUGAUCCUAACGAUUUACCAAAUGACUCAGAUCCUUUGGGACAAUAUGCUCGAGUUGUCGCCUUAAAGAAAUAUGAUCCAAACCUUAAAUUUGUUAUGUCAUUUGGAGGUUGGACUUUUAGCACAACUACCACACUCUUUCAAAAUAUGACUUCAAGCAAACAGAAUCGAGAAAAGUUUAUCAAAUCGUCAAUUGCUUUUGUUAGGAAACAUGGUUUUGAUGGAAUAGACUUAGAUAACGAAUAUCCAGAUUCAAAAGAAAAUUUUAAUUUACUUUUGCAGGAAUUUCAUUUGGCAUCUUGUAAUGAAAAGAAUGUAAAAAAUAAGUUAAUAAUUACUGCAGCAGUUGCAGCUGGAAUUGAUAUUGUAAAAAAAUCUUAUGACAUAGCAACGAUGGCAAAAUACGUUGAUUUCAUCAAUCUUAUGACUUAUGACUUCCAUAUAACUUCUGAGAACAAAACAGGAUACAACUCUCCUUUAAGAACUAAUGACUCUUUGAAUAUUAUCGAUGCUGCAAAUUAUUGGGUUCGCGGUGGAAUGCCCAGAAAUAAAAUAAUUAUUGGAUUUCCUACUUAUGCGCAUGGAUUCAAAUUGGCAAAUCCCAAUAGCAAGGACCUAAGUGUUGGUGCCCCCGCAUCAGGUCCUGCUAAUGCGACAGAAUUUGCUCAAGAACCUGGAGUUGCAGCUUAUUUUGAGAUUUGCGAAAUGCUAGCAAAGGGUGCCAAGGAUUUUUAUGAUCCAAAUGCUCUAGUUCCUUAUCUCUAUCAAAAUGGUGAAUGGUUUAGCUAUGACAAUCAGCAAAGCUACUUACAAAAAAUAAAAUGGUUGAGUAGCCAAGGAUUUGGAGGGGCUUUUGUUUGGGCCUUGGAUUUUGAUGAUUUUAAUGGAAAAUGUUCGGGAAGUAAAUAUGGCAUUUAUCCAUUAAUUGGAACUAUUGCCAAAUUAUUGGGUCAAGUUAAACAUGAAUUGGUUUCAGUUUUGGAAAUUAUGAAGGUAAAAUAA